AUGGAAACAGCAAGUAAUACAGUGGAAGAAGCGGAUACAGUAAAACAUAAAGUAAAACAGCGUAAAUGCGGCUCAACCACCUAUAUAAGACUCUUAACGAAGGGUGAAGAAGUUCCUAUUAUGAGUCAGAAUGAUGUCUACUCCAUCUUUUUCAUCGUCACUGGUAAAGGCAAAAAGUCUCCCAGUUAUAUUCAACAAUACUUUGUUGAGUUUUGCAAUGAAUGUGAAAUUGAUGACACAAUACUACGAUCCUUCAAGACUGAAGCUGAAGCUGAAACAGAAAUUCGUAUGGCCGUCAUCUGUCGAAAAAAAUCAACAUUUUGA